AUGAUCAACGCAGUCCUCGUCUUCAAUAAUAAUGGCCAGCCCCGGCUAACCAAGUUUUACACACAGCUGGACACGCAAACACAACAAUCCUUGAUCGCGCAAAUAUAUCGUCUAGUCGCGCAGCGUCCAGCAAGCGCCUGCAACUUCCUCCCACUCCCACCUCUCCUCUCGCAAGGUGCCAGCUCCUCCGCCUCCGGGCCCUCCGACACCCCCACGCAAAUCACAUACCGGACUUACGCAACGCUGUCCUUCAUCAUGAUCUCUACGUCCACCGAGUCCCCACUUGCUCUGAUCGAUCUUAUUCAGGUGUUUGUCGAGGCGCUGGAUCGCAUGUUCGAGAAUGUCUGCGAAUUGGAUCUUAUUUUCGGCUAUGAGACGAUGCAUGCUGUGCUUGGGGAGAUGAUCGUUGGCGGUGUUGUGGUUGAGACACAUAUUGAGAAAAUCAUUGCUGGUGUGCGUUCCCAGGAAGGAUCGCUGGGGAAGAAGAAGGCUGUUCAGGCUGCUAGUACUACUUUGGGUCGUGGGGCUUUGCCUGGGUUAGGGGCUUGGAGGUGA